UGAAGCGAACCGAAAAUAAUCACAAUCUUAGAAACAAGGGUUGAUUCAAGAAGAUAAUCAGUGAGAAAAACGAAGAGAAGAGAAAAUGAGUGGGGCUGGAAAGAAGAUUGUAGAUGUUGCAAAAAAAGCAUCAAAAGGUAUCGAUUGGGAUGGUAUGGCUAAACUUCUAGUCUCUGAAGAAGCUCGUAAAGAGUUUUCUUCUCUUCGUAGAGCUUUUGAUGAGGUCAACUCCACUCUUCAGACCAAGUUCAGUAUGGAACCUGAACCCAUUGAUUGGGAAUACUACAGGAAAGGAAUUGGGCCACGUGUGGUGGACAUGUACAAGGAAGCUUAUGACAAUAUUCAGGUUCCCAAGUAUGUAGAUACUGUUACUCCUCAGUUCAAACCAAAGUUUGAUGCAUUGCUGGUAGAACUAAAAGAGGCAGAACAAAAUUCACUGAAGGAGACUGAGAGAUUGGACAAGGAAAUUGCUGAAGUUCAAGAAUUGAAGAGAAAGAUCAGCACCAUGACUGCCAAUGAGUACUUUGAGAAGCAUCCUGAGUUGAAGAAGAAGUUUGACGAGGAAAUCAGAAACGAUUAUUGGGGCUACUGAUUGAUCAUGACGAAAAUCAAGAAUGUCAGGAAUGAUUGUUUGGUGUUCUUCCUUUUUUUACCAAUAAAAUAGAGUGGUCUUUUUAACAGUAAUAUGUUUGGACCUCUCGUAUUUUGAUCUCAAAAUUUUCAAUUCAAGGAUCUAAACGUAGAAGCCCUCCAACUUGUACACUCUUUUAAAUUGUUAAGCGGUUUCUAAUACGUUUUGGAUUUUGUUUGCAUCUUAAGUAAAUACCUAGUUCUCUCAUUUUAUGGAACGUAAUUUUUCCAAGGA